CAAAAUCAUACAAGAAUGAAUCCAGUCCAGCUGUUGCACGAAGGCUACCUUCUUCUUUUUCUUCUCCUCCCCAUACUACUGGGGCUAGGCACAUUAAUCUUCCUCUCUCUCUCUACAAAACCCCCAAGGCUACCUGGCCCCCCCAAGCUCCCGCUGAUUGGAAACCUCCACCUCCUAGGCAAGCACCCCCACCUCUCCCUCCUCUCUCUCUCCAAAAAAUACGGCCCCCUCUUCCACCUCCAGCUGGGUGAGAUCCCCACCGUCAUCCUCUCUUCCGCCGCCACCGCCAAGGAAGCCCUCAAAACUCACGACCUGGCCCUCGCAACCCGGCCCGAGAUCUCCGCGGCCAAAACGCUCUUCUACAACUGUACCGACGUCGCCUUCGCCCCCUACGGCCCCCACUGGCGGAGCACCAGGAAGCUCUGCACCCUCGAGCUGCUCAGCACCAAAAGGGUUCAAUCUUUUUCCUCCGUUAGAGCCGAGGAAGCUUCUAGACUCGUCCGCCGUGUGUCGGCCAGCGCCAGUUCCACCGGUGUUGUCGACCUGUCGAAGCUGCUGAAUUUGUACGCCAGCGACGUUCUCUGCCGGAUUGUGUUCGGCAAGGACUUCUCUGGCGGCGGAGAGUAUGAGAGGUUUGGGUUUAAGGAGAUGCUUGAUGAGUAUCAGGAACUGCUUGGGGGGUUUUCCCUUGGGGAUUUCUUCCCGUCGAUGGAGAUUUUGCAGGUGCUGACGGGGCAUAGGGGGAGACUUUGGCGUGCUUUCCAGCGGUUUGAUAAGCUUUUUAGUGAUGUUAUUGAGGAGAAGAUGCACACAACACAAGCCCAAUGUAUGGAUUUUGUGGAUAUUUUGCUUCACUUGCAGAGAAAUGGAGAUGCCCAUAUUCCACUCACCAUGGAUAAUGUUAAAGCUAUCCUCUUGGAUAUGUUUGCAGCAGGAACGGACACAACAUUCAUAACCUUGGAUUGGACCAUGACAGAGCUGCUAACUCAUCCAGAAAUCCUCAAAAUCCUCCGAUCCGAGGUAAGAAAUGUAGUCGGAGAAAAAGAAAUGGUGUCUGAAACUGAUCUUCCUAACCUAAAGUACAUGAAAGCCGUGAUCAAAGAAGUCAUGAGAUUGCACCCUCCUGCACCUCUACUUGUCCCUCGUGAAUCCAUGGCACAAAUCACGAUCAACGGCCAUACCAUUCCGGCCAAGACGCGCAUCUUCAUCAAUGCAUGGGCCAUAGGUAGGGACGUUAAAUACUGGGAGAAUCCAGAGGAGUUUGAUCCCAAUAGAUUCUUGAACUCAGAUAUUGAUUUUAGGGGCCAGCAUUUCGAGCUGAUUCCUUUUGGAGCGGGCAGGAGAAUUUGCCCUGCUAUAACCUUCGGUUUGGCGACUGUGGAGAUGGGAUUGGCGCAGCUUGUCCAUGAUUUUGAUUGGGAGCUGCCGUAUCAGGUUAAGCCUGAUGAUCUUGACAUGACCGAGGUUUUUGGCAUCACCAUGCACCGGAAAUCGCCUCUCCUGGUUGUUGCCAACCACCAUGUUUUAGGUUCUAAAACUCAAAAUCAGUACUCCAUUCAUCCACGAUGAAAUGGGAAUUACGUGACAAGAGUUAGUGAAGUGCGUGUCUACUUUUAUUUGGACUAUUAGUUAUUAGUUUAAUAAUAAAUUAUGAUUGUAAUUAUUUAGUAGAGUGUGAGACCCACUAAUCUAAAAUGGAAAAAAUUAAAUGUAAUUUUAAAUUAUAGACAUCUCGAAAUGUCAAAAUGAGACCUUAUUUUGUGGAAGGAAGAAGUUGAAAUAAUGUUAUAAUGAUCUACUA